AUGCCAUUUAUUAUACCUAUAGGUAGUGCAAUUCACUUUAGCACAAUGAAAAAACGUUAUCGGAAUUCCAUUAUUUUACUAACCGUUUUGAACUUCACUCAUUGCAUUUGCUAUGAAAUAGUAUUUCAUGAAAUAAAAAUUGACCCAGUGGCAUUAAUAAACGAAUUUACGGCAGUGAUUGAUAUUUUAUCUAGUGAAAAAGCACCUGACAAUGAAGAUGUCUAUUUAAAUAUUACCGAUUUGAUUGUAAAAUAUGGCCAUCCAGUGGAACAACAUCACGCGAAAACAGACGACGAUUACAUUCUCACAAUGUUUAGGAUCCCGAGCAGCGGUCCUGCGGUUUUUCUAAUGCAUGGUAUGUUACUUAGUUCUGAUGACUGGGUGACCAACGGACCUCAUAACAGCUUGCCAUAUCUACUAGCAAUGGCCGGAUACGACGUUUGGUUGGGAAAUGCUCGAGGUAAUAAACACUCUAGACAACAUGCCAAAAUAUCACCAGAUACGCCCGAAUUUUGGAAUUUCAGCUGGGAUGAGAUUGGUCGCUAUGACUUACCCACCAUGAUCGACUAUGUACUUUCAACUGCAAAGACGGAAACAUUGGCAUACGUGGGGUAUUCCCAGGGCACCACAAAUUUCUUUGUUAUGGGAUCUGAGAGACCAGAAUAUAAUGAUAAAGUUUCGACUAUGAUCGCACUAGCACCAGUAGCCUGGUCGUCGCACAUGAAGAGCCCGUUUGCAAGAAUGGCAGCUCCAUUGAAUUAUUACGCAACGAUAAUUAUCAAAAUGUUGCAAAUGUACGAAAUCCUGCCGAAGCCAAUCAAUUACCUUUAUAAAAAUACCCCGCUGUGUAAUAUAGGGAAUGGUAUAGUUUGCAGCACAAUUUUAUUCAUCCUCGGUGGAUUUGACUAUGAACAAAUUAACCAAAGGAAUUUGCCAGUGAUUUUCGGACACAUGCCUUCUGGUGCUUCUAUAAAUCAAAUUACACAUUAUUUACAAAAUAUGAUGUCAGGAAAAUUCCAGAAAUUCGAUCAUGGCGAGGACAAGAAUCUACAACUAUAUGGGACUCGCAAGCCCCCUUCAUACGCAGUAGACAAAAUCAGAACGCCUGUUGCCUUGUUCUACGGUGAAAAUGAUUGGUUUUCUGAUGUCAAAGACGUCAAAAUUUUGAACAAGAAGUUACCAAAUGUUGUAGAUUUGUAUCACGUCCCUUUGGAAAAAUGUAAUCACGUUGACUUUCUGUGGGCGAAGGAUGCCACACGUCUUAUAUAUGCUAGAGUCCUGCAAUUACUCAGAUUUGGGAAUAAAACUAAUGGUCUGCCGUGUAUUCCUGAAACUUGUAAAAAUAUAAACGGUGUGGACCAUCACCUAGAUAGUUAA